AUGGCCAACCUGACCGCGGAAGUCAUCAUCGGGGUUGACCUCUGGGCCCGGCUCCAGAUUGCGCUGCCACCGCCCCCGAGGGACUUCCAGCGAUUACAACCACCCCGAGUGGGGAUCAUAGAGGGGGGCCUGACGACCAGGACGGACGAAGAGAAAGCCAGAUUCAACCAAUUCCUGACGAGCGAACUGGCUCUCUUCGAUAAAGUUUCCGGGCCGACCCCAUCGAUCCGCCACCAGAUUCGGGUGUGCCCCGGCACGAGCCCCAUCAAGCAGCGCUACCGACCACAGAACCCGGCUAUGCAAGCCAUCAUUGAUGAGGAGGUCACAAAGAUAGAGGCGGAGGGAGUGAUUGAGCCCUCGUCUAGUGCCUGGAGCUCCCCCGUCGUCCUCGUCCGGAAGAAGGACGGCGGAUACCGCUUCUGUAUAGACUUCCGGAAGGUGAACGAGGUAACCGAGCGAGACGCCUACCCGCUACCGCAGAUAAGUGCGACUUUGGACCGACUACGCGGGGCCCGCUACCUAUCCUCGUUAGACUUGAAGAACGGGUAUUGGCAAGUUCCAUUGACCAAGGACAGCAAGCCAAUCAUUGCGUUCACCGUGCCCGGCCGGGGUCUCCGCCAGUUCACCGUCCUCCCGUUCGGCCUGCACUCCGCGCCGGCAACCUUCCAGAGGUUAGUGGACACCGUGUUGGGCGCUGACCUGGAACCGCACGUAUUAGUGUAUCUCGAUGAUAUUAUUGUGUUAAGUACUACACUAGACGAACAUAUGAAACACUUACGAGAGACGGACGCCAAUCAGCACGGCCUGGGAGCAGUGCUAACUCAGAACCUGGAGAAAGGCGAGCGCGUAAUCGCCUAUGCUAGCCGGACUCUCAACCAGGCGGAGAAAAACUAUAGCGCUACCGAGCUAGAAUGCCUGGCUAUUGUGUGGGGCAUUCGUCGAUUGCGCGAGUAUUUGGAGGGCUACACUUUCACCGUGGUGACCGACCAUCAAUCCUUGAAGUGGCUGCAGAAACUGGAAACUGCUGUAGUUCAAACUUCCACCGCCACCGGCCGGCUAGGGCGGUGGAAGUUUGAACUACAGCAGUACACCUUCAAUGUAGCAUACCGGAAAGGCUCGCAAAAUCGCGUAGCAGACCCGCUGUCGCGCGACACCGCAGUCUGCGAAAUCAGGGAAGCCACCGGAUGCUCGUGGUACGAGCUGCUCAAAAAACAAGUCGCCGUUCGGCCCCACGAUUUCCCCGAUUACACCAUUCGGGAUGGGGUUCUGCAUCGACACUUCCUCCACACGUUGGACUUCCGCGAAGUACCCGCUGAGAAUCAGUGGAAAAAGUGUGUUCCGACCAACGAUAGAAGGGAAGUAUUGAAACGCUACCACGACAUACUAUUGGCCGGGGAUGGCUCGAGACGCUGCUGGGUACGUCCGGAACUGGCCGUCUUCCGUUGCUUAGCCUAUAAGGCUAGUCAACGGAAGACGGCCGGCCUCCUCCACGCCACCGCGUCACAUCGGCCGUGGAAGCAUGUCUCGAUCGACCUGAUCGGGCCGCUGCCCCGAUCACGACGAGGAUCCACCUGGCUGCUGACUAUGCAGGAUCGGUUUACGAAGUGGCUCGAAACUAAGCCCCUGCGACAGGCCACCACACCGUCGGUAAUCAGCGGGAUUAGUGAUCUGGUGAUUUACCGACACGGCUGUCCAGCCGUGAUCACCACCGAUAACGGAACGCAAUUUACAGCGAAAGAAUUUGAAACAUUCUUAACAGAACAUGGGAUCCACCACCGCACGACACCAAGCUACACUCCCCAGUGCAAUCUCGUCGAGCGCACGAAUCGGACCAUCAAAACGAUGAUCGUUCAGUUCGUCGAUAAACAACACCGUCAUUGGGAUGAACAGCUCUCAGCCCUGCGUUUUGCGUAUAAUACCGCUCAACAUUCCUCUACACAGUUCAGCCCGGCGUUUCUAAAUCACGGGCGCGAGCUCGACCGACCGCAUCCCGCCGACCGCAGUAGUACCAGGGCGGGGGCGAAUCCGCAGGAAGUCGGAAAAAUGUUGAAGGAAACGUACGAACUGGUGGAAGUGCAUUUGGCACAAGCGUUUCAAAAACAGGAAACGCAUUAUAAUCUGCGUCGACGAGCUUGGCGACCAGAAGUGGGAGACACGGUCUGGAAACGAGGACAUCCGCUAUCCGACAAAGCUAAAGCAUUUAACGCGAAGCUAGCACCGAAAUACAAGGGGCCGUUGAUUACGAACCGUGUCAACAAUAAUCGAAGACAAUACAGCAUCAAUAUCAGAAGACCGUUCACCAGAUUUAAUAUCUCUAUACUUUCUCUAGAAGACUUCUAA